CACCGCCUAUUGGACAGUGUAACUAAUGAGGAGGCAAGGAAAGACUUUUCAGCACUGCUAACAACAACAAGGCUAAAGGAACCUCUUAAAAUCAACAGUGCAGUAGACAGAUAGCCAUUAAAGACGCACUUUAUCUUUAUCCUUACAACAUUUAACACCUGAGCGAUGUUUUAGAAACAAGGCUUCGGCGCUUCGAUAGAAACAAGGCGGACAGGGCAGCCUCCGGUGCGUCUGCUGAAGUUUGCGGCUAGCUCGCUCACGUUAGCCGGGGAGUGAAGACGAAAUGGAGUUGGAAGACGUCGUCCUCUACCAGGACGAUUCUGGCAACUCGACCAUGAUGUCCGAUCGGGUCUCCGGUCUGGCCAGUUCCAUAUACCGCGAGUUUGAAAGGCUAAUCGCGAAGUACGACGAGGACGUCGUGAAGGAGCUGAUGCCGCUGGUUGUUGCCGUGCUGGAGAACUUGGACUCGGUGUUCGCUGUCAACCAGGAGCAUGAAGUGGAGAUCGAGCUGCUAAAGGAGGACAACGAGCAGCUUGUUACCCAGUAUGAACGAGAAAAGUCCUUUAGAAAACACGUUGAAGAGAGGUACAUUGCAAUUGAAGACUCCCUGGAUGGCGAGAGAAAGGAUCUUCAGGGUCGAGUGGUGAUGUUGGAGUCACACACGCGUCAGCUGGAGCUAAAAACGAAAAACUAUGCAGAUCAGAUCAUCAGAUUUGAGGAGAGAGAGGCGGAACUCAAGAAGGAGUACAGCGCUCUUCAUCAUAGACACACUGAGAUGAUUCACAGCUACAUGGAGCACUUGGAGCGAACUAAACACCAGCAUGCAGUGACAGCAGAGCCUGCAGAAUCUGGCACUGGCACACCAGCUAGAAUAAGGAAGGAGCGUCCCAUUUCCAUGGGCAUCUUUCAGGUUCCAGGGAUUGAUGGCGUGACCUCUGACGUCCAAAGGGAGCCUGUGGAUGUUCAUUCUGAAACUUGGAGAUUCAAUAACCUCAGCCAUCCAAGGUCCAACACCAGUCUGAAGGAUGAACUGGCCAAUGUGAGUCAUGAAGGGUCCAAAUCCAGCACUCCAACCAGCCAGGCAAGCAUCACAACAUCAAAUGCCAACGUCCCUAUACCCUCUCAGAAGGGCACCUUGAAAUCAAACACUGCCACAUCCACACAGAGCAGUGACUCUCAAAUGUCAAAGCCGCUGUCGCCUCAUGGCACAGCAGGUGGCAGUAUGAGUCCUUUAUCCAGUCAGGUCUCCGCGACACCCCUCUCUUCUGCUGCAUCGGAUGUUGCAAUGCAAUCUGUUGAUACACCUCAGGAGCAAGAACGUUUUGGUGGGCACACCAAAGAUCUGGACUGCAACAUUGGCAAACCAGACAACAAUGGGAAAGACGACCUGGAGAAGUCGUCUGAGGUGUUAGCGAUCAUAGAGUCUACCCCUGAGCUGGAUAUGGACCUUGGCGGCUGCAAAGGAACAAGCACACCAACUAAAGGCGGUAUAGAGAAUCUAGCAUUUGACCGCAACACAGACUCCCUGUUUGAAGAGCUGUCCUCUGCAGGAAAUGACUUCAUUGGAGAUGUGGAUGAAGGAGCAGACCUGCUGGGUAUGGGUCGUGAAGUGGAGCAUCUUAUACAGGAGAAUGCGCAGCUUCUGGAGACAAAAAAUGCUUUGAACGUGGUGAAGAAUGACCUCAUUGCUCGUCUGGAUGAGCUGACCUGUGAGAAGGCCGUCUUGCAAGGGGAGCUUGAUGCCAUCAGUCAGGCCAAGAUCAAACUAGAGGAGAAGAAUAAAGAUUUAGAAGAAGAACUGAAGGGGGUUCGAGCUGCACUUGAGGAGAGCAAACAAAAGGCUAAGACUGAGAAUGAGGAUGAUAGUGAUGUGCCGACAGCACAGAGGAAACGCUUCACCAGGGUGGAAAUGGCCAGAGUCCUGAUGGAGAGGAACCAGUAUAAGGAGAGGCUAAUGGAGCUGCAGGAGGCUGUCAGAUGGACAGAGAUGAUUAGGGCCUCCAAGGAAAACCCAGCCCUUACAGAGAAGAAGAAAUCCAGCAUCUGGCAGUUUUUCAGCCGUUUGUUCAGUUCGUCGGGUGGAGCGUCGAAGAAGCCUGCCGCAGAGGCUGCCGCGGUCAACGUCAAGUACAAUGCACCCACUUCACAGAUUCAACCGUCCGUCAAGAAGAGGAGCACCACCUUGCAGCAGCUGCCUAGCGACAAGAGCAAAGCCUUCGAUUUCCUCAAUGAGGAAAUGGCAGUUGAAAGCAUCAUGUCCAGGCGAGAACAGAAGCGGGCACAGUACAAGCAGGUUAAAGCCCAUGUCCAGAAAGAGGAUGGCAGAGUGCAGGCUUAUGGCUGGAGCUUGCCCAAGAAGUACAAAACCAAUGGUGGUCAGGAGAAGAUGAAGGACCUACCUAUUCCUGUCUUCCUUAGGCCGCUGGACGAGAAAGAUGCUUCUAUGAAACUGUGGUGUGCCGCUGGUGUGAAUUUGUCUGGGGGUAAAACCAGAGAUGGAGGUUCCAUCGUAGGUGCCAGUGUGUUUUACAGUGAUGUGUCUGGACCAGAGAGCCCAAUAAAGAAAACCGGAUCUCAGAACAGCCUCGAAAAACUGGAUCAAGAACUUGAGGAACAGCAGAAACAACUCCGACAUCAGGACGAGUUGUCAUCGCUGGUGUGGAUUUGUACCAGCACCCAGUCGACAACUAAAACUGUUGUCAUUGAUGCCAACCAGCCUGGAAUCAUCCUGGAUAGCUUCUUUGUGUGUAACGCUCACGUCCUGUGCAUCGCCAGUGUACCAGGUGCAAGGGAGACAGACUAUCCAGCAGGUGAAGAAGUAACCUUGAGUUCGGAGUCUGCACCGGUGGAAAAGGACAGUUUGUCCGACAGCAGUAGCAGUGCAGCAGGCAGCGAUGGCGUGCUUGGAGGCAUUACGGUUGUGGGCUGCACAGCGGAGGGAGCAACAGCAGUCCCUCAGACAGCAGACGGUGCAUGCAAAGAAAAUGGAGAGACGGAAUCCAGACCAGCAGAGGCCACUGGUGAGAAAGAAAACGUAAAGGGUGUCAACACUGAGCAGGUCUUCAUGGAUCCACUGGGAUUUCACCAGACAUCAGACACCCCAGCCAACUACUCUCAAAGGGAGUGUGACCUGGUGAAAGAUGGCGUGAGUUUGAACACCAAAGCAGAAGAGCAGGAUCUGAUGAGAGAAGAGGCCCAGAAGAUGAGCAGCGUCUUGCCCACUAUGUGGCUCGGGGCACAAAAUGGAUGUGUGUAUGUCCACUCCUCCGUGGCACAAUGGAAGAAGUGUCUCCACUCUAUAAAGCUGAAAGACUCUGUACUUGGCAUCGUACACGUCAAAGGGCGUACCCUGGUUGGCCUCUCUGAUGGCACAUUAGCCAUCUUCCACCGUGGAAUUGAUGGCCAGUGGGAUCUGACUAACUACCAUCUGCUUGACUUGGGGAGACCUCAUCAUUCUAUCCGAUGCAUGACUGUGGUACAUGACAAGGUGUGGUGUGGCUACAGGAAUAAGAUCUUUGUGGUGCAGCCCAAAGCCAUGAAGAUAGAGAAGUCCUUUGACGCGCACCCUCGUAAGGAAAGCCAGGUGCGUCAGCUGGCCUGGGAUGGUGAUGGCAUCUGGGUGUCUAUCAGGCUGGACUCCACUCUCAGGUUGUUCCACGCCCACACCUUCCAGCACCUCCAAGACGUGGACAUCGAGCCCUACGUCAGCAAGAUGUUGGGUACGGGGAAACUGGGCUUCUCGUUUGUGCGCAUCACGGCUCUCAUGGUGUCAUGUAACCGUCUGUGGAUUGGCACCGGCAAUGGCGUCAUCAUUUCUAUACCUCUCGCCGAGACAGCUAACAAGCUAACCAAAGGAGCAGGAAGCCACCCAGGAAGUGUUGUUCGCAUCUACGGUGACGAGAGCAGUGACAAAGUAGCAGCAGGGACGUUUGUUCCAUACUGCUCCAUGGCUUACGCUCAGCUCUGUUUCCAUGGACACCGGGAUGCGGUCAAGUUCUUCACGGCCGUCCCAGGUCACACAAUUCCAUCUGCAUCCAGCAGUGGCGAAGCAUCAGGUGAGAAGACAUCAGACGCCACAUCUCAGGAAGGAACCAAGUCUGUGUUGGUGAUGAGUGGAGGAGAAGGUUACAUUGACUUCAGGAUGGGGGAUGAGGAAGGCGAUGCGACCGAGAGGGAGGACCCGCCCAUGAAACUGCAGUCCCCCGUGGCAAUUGCUGAGCGCAGCCACCUCAUUGUCUGGCAGGUCUUGGACAGCGAGGACUGACCUAUGACCACUGACUCUGAAUGAGGCCUACGCUCAAUCAGCACUUUUCAAAGUCAAACGAUAAGAUGUUGUGUUUUUAGUGAUAAGGCCCGACUUUUUCAGUUCAAACCUUAUUUAUUCAUUCAGCACAUAUAUUUUAUGACAUUCAAGACAGCUUGUGCUGCAGAAAAGGACAAAUGUCGGGUUUAAUGCGUGUGUAUGGGAAAUAAUGAAAUGAUUAGUUUUAUACUGUAUUUGAAAGUUUGCUUUUGCAAGACCCCAAAUAUAAUCCUCCGCAUUUCAUCUCCAGGGCAAGACAUGAUAGAUUAGUCUAUCAAGUGUGAUGUUGUAUUUUAAAUAUGGAAGGCUGCCCCAGUUUGUGCCUUUCUAAUCAAAGUUAUUAUACAAUGGUGAAAGUUAAAUGCGCUCUGCUGUGCUGAAGACUAGUCGACCAAAUAAGUGAUAAAAGAAUGCAUGGAUGGACCAUUCUUGGCUAUCAAAAUAUCAACAUCAGAAUGUUGCUGCAGUUCCCAAAUCAGUCAGACAGCUGCAAAUUUUGUGCAGCAUAAAUUGCAAUGCAAUAUUGUUUGGGUUUUUCUAAUAUUUAAUAUUAGCCACAACUAUACUGUAUGUUCAGGGUUAUUUGCCAGCAAACGACACAGUUUUUGUUUUUGCAUUUGAUGUUUUGAAGAAUUUUAAUUUGAUAACUCGGCCUAUGCAUGAGAAGCAAAUAAUGGCUAUGAUAGGAUUUUAUUUAAUUCAACAAACUUGUAGGAAAGCUUUUCUUUAUUUGUCAUGCGUUAGCCCUGCUGAGGCUUUUAAACAGAUUGAAACUGUCCUCUUCCCUAGCAGACCCUAGACAACCGUUGCCUUAGCUAUGACGCUUUUCCACUGUAUGUGUAUUUUUGCCUCAAAAGAAUGUUCAACGUUUGCUACCAAAGGAUUAGCAAUCAAAAGUUUGCCAUGCGCUAAAUUAAUAAGCAUGUCCCACCACAAGGUGGCGCCUUUCAGUUCUUCUGGACGCAAACAUGUUUUUUCUUUUUUCCUUUUCUAAGAGGUGUGUAAAUAAGAUGUAUUUUUGGAAAUUGAGGCAGAAUAUUUUCAUAGUGUGAGAGAACACAAAAAGCCUGUUAACUAUUUAGUGGGUCACACUGCAGCCUCACAUUUCUAUUUAGCUUUUACAGCAAUAUCCCCCAUCGCAACAUUUCCUCCAGAGAAGAUUUCAUUCUAUUCGUGCUCUGUGCGUGCAUGCGUGCGUGCGUGUGUGUGUGUGUUCUCUCCAAGAGAACAGAAUUGUUAUUGCUGUUUAGCCAUUUCAGUAUUUAUUUUAGUGAUUUGAGUUUGCAAUUCAGAAUGUAUCUGUGCCCUAAAUAUCAGUGAAUAAGUACAGUAUGUAUGAAAUAUGACAAUUGCUUGUUUAAAUGUUUUUUUUUUGUUGUUGUUGUUGUUCAUUAGUAGGUGAGUGUUGACUUACCGCUACUCAGCUAUGCACAAUGUCUCUGCAGGGCGAGAGGCUAUUCCGUCUCCUCUUCAAGCAGUUUCAUCUUCAGUAAUAAUGGACACAAAGUCAAGUAACUUUGCGGUUUCAUUCCACCGAGCACUUUGUCUGGACACUGUUCUCCUGUCUCUAAUCUGCAUAAAGAUUGUCAAAAGCCUGACAGAGACUGUUCCAAUUUAGCAGGACGCGCAACACACAAUUGUACUCUGACAUCUCUAGCCUUACUGAUUUUUAACAGUCAAUUAAAUCAUAUUUUGUGAGCGGAACAAA